AUGUUGGUGCACUUAGGUAGCGUGAAGACAAAGAAAUUAAGUCGUGAGAAAUCUUACCCCAGUGAUCUAAACGGCGUCCUCGAACCUUUCCCCAAAAUGCUAGAUCCAAUAGACAUUGACGAGAUAAUUACUGAUAGGGAGGAGGAGUCAAGUAACCUACUAUUCAACUUUUAUAAAUUUGAUUCUACUCACAAGCUAAUUUGUCAACCCUAUGACUACUUGAGUGGGUUGCCCAGCAACAACAAUAACAUCAGAAGGAAGUUCAUUCGUAUAUUUAACCAGCUUUUUUUUGGAGAUGGGUUAACCGAAAUUGAAUUGGAGGGUAUUAAUGAAGUCAUAUCUAUAUUGCAUAACUCAUCGUUACUUAUCGAUGAUAUUGAAGACAACUCAAAAUAUCGCCGUGGGUUCCCGUCAGCGCAUGUAAAAUAUGGGCAACCUUUAACCAUAAAUUGUGCUAAUUUGAUGUAUUUCAAAGCCAUGAAAAUUGCUGGCAAUCUACUUGACUACAGUAGCAGGAAGGACUAUGGAAGUGAAAUUACAGAUAAUUACAACGGUCGAUUACAAGAUACACAUAAGGCUUUGGUACUGGAAAUGAUAAACUUACACAACGGACAAGGUCUUGAUAUUUAUUGGCGAGAUUUUUUGCCAGAACUACCAAAGUUACCAACUGUUGAAGACUAUUUGGACAUGGUUCAAAACAAAACUGGUGGAUUGUUUAGAUUAUCUGUCAAAUUACUCAAAGCAUGUUCACCCAAGCCACCUAGUGAAGAAGAAUUUGAUAGAAUAGUGGCCAUUGCCAACUUAGCUGGAAUCAUAUAUCAAGUACGAGAUGAUUACUUGAACUUGGUUGACGCACGUUAUUCAACAAUGAAGGGGAUUGCUGGAGAAGACCUAAUAGAGGGAAAAUUGUCCCUUCCUAUAUUGAUCAAUUUGCGUGAGGAGAAAGAUUGGGCAAAUUCCCCUGUUCACAAGAUACUAUACGAAUUCAGGUCAUCAAAACAAAGAAGUAAACAACCAGGGUUGUUGCAAGAUGCAGUAACCUACUUGCAUAACACAGACUCGAUGCAUGCCACAUAUAGAACAUUGGAACUAUUUAAAAACAAGUUCCAUGAAUUACUUGAUGAAUUUGGAUAUGGUGAUUCUGAGUUGUACAAAUUGAUCGAAACUCUCUGCGAUUCAGAUAUUACUGUACGAGGUCUUGAAACAGUCAAGAAAUGUUCACGUGUCUACUUAGAAGCAUACACAUCGAUCCUUAUGGCUGCCAAUCAAGAAUCACUUGAAUCCUACUAUGGACGCGAAAUCAUCCUUGCUGAUCGUGAAUUGGUUGAAAGUGGCAGUGAUGAAAUCUUGCGAAAUGCUGAUGUUGAAGAUGUAGCAUUUUUAGUUGUUGGUGAUCCAUUUGGAGCAACGACUCAUACUGACUUGGUGUUGCGAGCACGUGAAUUGGGAAUUAAAGUCGAAUCAAUACAUAAUGCAUCGAUAAUGAAUGCAGUGGGGGCAUGUGGAUUACAAUUGUAUCAAUUUGGUCAAACUAUAUCACUAGUGUUUUUCACUGAUUCUUGGAAACCUGAUUCAUUUUAUGACAAGAUUAUGGAAAAUCGAAAAAUUGGAUUACAUACAUUGGUCUUGUUGGAUAUAAAAGUUAAAGAACAGAGUAUUGAGAAUAUGGCUAGAGGAAGAUUAAUCUAUGAGCCACCUAGGUAUAUGGAUAUUGCCACGGCCGCCAAGCAAUUGAUUGAAAUUGAGGAAACGAGACAAGAACAAGCAUACACGGAAAAUACACCUUGUGUAGCAAUCCUGAGAUUAGGUGCACCAACGCAAACUUUCAAAGCAGGGACAUUGAAAGAAUUAAGCGAAUAUGAUUCAGGUGAACCAUUGCAUACAAUGGUGAUGCUAGGUAGACAAGUGCACGAUUUAGAAUUGGAAUAUUUGUAUCAAUUUGUUGAUGAUAAAGAUAAAUUCAAAAACGACGUUGAACAAGAUCAACAGUUUUUCAAACCACCACCAUAUGUUCCUCCAGAGGAAGAUUUAAGUGAUUAA